AGCAAGAAGAAUUGUCGCUUUGAGCACUCGUUGAUCAACGAACCAAUCCAACCCGAGCCAACCACCCGAACCUCUACAAGAGCAGAGACAACUMGAGCCACAAGCCAAUACUUCGUACAAUACAGCAAUCGCGAAGCACGAUGAAGUCUUUCCUUUUCGGCCGCAAAGGCAAGAGCAAGGCCAAGGAAGAAUCCGGCAAGGGGUUCUACAAGGGGUUCCCCGACACGGGAAUCCCGUCCUCCGAUACGGGCAUCGGAGCCUCCGGAGAGCUCCAACUGGCGAAGACCGGCACCACCGGAGAAAACUCUUGCGACAACUACCAGGAAGGRAUCGRCCRAUCCCCGUCGGAGCACUCCUCCUCGGCGUACGAAUCCUCCUACAACCAGUACCUGUCGAAGAUCGAGAACGACCACGGCGURCAGAGCUUCGAGGCCAUGGGGCCGGGCGCCACCCCGGCCAGCCCCGAGGCCUACUCCGGCCCUGGCGCCGGCGAUCCGGUCAUGCCCCAGGGAGCCAUCGCCGGGGUCGCCGAUCCCCUCUCCCUUUCYGGGGGCACCAGCCCAUCGGCGUCGAGCGGAGCCAACAGCAACGCACACAGUAUUUCCUACGUCACGCAGACCCCGGAGCACGGAUACGUCGAGGGCUGCGAGGACGACCUGAGCACCCUGGGGGACGAAUCCAUCAUUCGGCGGGGGCGACAGAACCGCCAGAAGCAGCAGGAGCUCAAGGAACGCCAGCUGAAACACCAGGAAGAGCUGCUGCUGAAGCAGAAGAAAAGCGACCUCCAGGACAUCUCCAAGACCCGUACGGCCAGCACGCAGGACAUGGGGACCUCUCCGCAAUCCAGCGGUCUGUCCUUUUCCUUCACAAACGUCAUGGACGUCCACGAAAAGAUCCCCAUCUCCAGUCGACUCGGAGACGACAUCAUCGAAGAAAACCGGUUGCACCGAGACAAGGACGUGCUGGACUUGGUGAUUGGCGAGGGUGGUCCGGGAGGCGACGACGACGACACCCUUUUGUCGAAGAGGAGGAACGAAUCUUGCUGCCGGAGACACAAAUGGACCAUCAUUCGCGUCAUGAUCUUCCUYGGUUUUUUCAUGUUGAUUUCYGCGGCGGCYGUUUUGGUCCUCAGCAUUCUCCAGAUGAAAAAGAACAAUGCUGCGAUCGCGAACAGCAGCGACGCCKCGUAYGUAGACAACGACGGAAACGGCGGAGAAUUCUUCAACAAGCCGAUCUUUGUUCCCAUGGACCCAUCGGAUUCUUCUCUGCCCGAUGGCAUCGGAGACACUUUUAUCGUUACGCUUUCGCCUGUGUUACCAAYCGCACCGGAAACUGCCGUGCSAGAACCAGUUACCGGGAAGAUGGACGCCGAAGACGCUGACGACGAUACUACAACACCAUMKGCAGUGACAGAACCUCCGAUUGCGAACAACGAGGAAGUUCCCGAUGAAAACAUAUUCACUGGUACCGAUGUGCCAACCGAAGUGAUUGGUGACAUUAUCAACAGCAUCGACAGCAACAACACAAACUAUUACGAAGUAGAAGCAUUUGAUCCCGACCUCACCAAAAUCGGUACCGACCUGAAAUUUAUUAUUGCGAACAAGUCUCCGCAAUCCUUGUCCUAUUUGGAUGACAAAGCCUCGCCCCAAUUCAAGUCUUUUGAUUGGAUGUCGAAGGAUCCCGAUUAUUGGGACAUGACGAUCGAUACUAUUGUCCAGCGUUGGACCCUAGGCGUGCUUUACUACAGCACCGGUGGACCGAACUGGAAGACGGAUCAGUUGCCCGUUGCAUUCGGCUUGGGAAAGCAGCCCUGGUUGAGUUAUUCGGACGAGUGCGAGUGGGAGUCCUCMAACGAGGGCUAUCAGGGUAAAAUCUGCGACGAAAACAACAAGUACUUUGCCAUUCACCUGCGAAACAUUGGAUUGGCGGGGUCCCUUCCCCCAGAACUUGGUUUGCUUUCGGACAGCAUGCGCCUGCUGUUCUUCAACAACAACGAUUUGUCCGGGAGCCUGCCCAGCGAACUCGGGCAGCUCACCGGAUUGGAAAAGAUCAACAUUCAGUACAACAACAUCGGCGGAAGUCUUCCGAGCGAAAUCGGAAACCUCGAAAAGCUCACCAUUGCGUCGAUGGGAAACAACCAGCUGACGGGAUCGAUACCCUCGGAGCUCGGAAUGUGGGCAUCCGUGGCUACGAUCGGACUCGAAAACAACCAGCUGAACGGAACGCUUCCGGAAGAGCUCGAAAACAUGGUCAAUAUCGGUAAGCACACUGGCAUGAUUGACACACACGCGCGCACGAUAGUUGUUUUMUGCAUCCGAAUUUGUCAUGGCUCUGGUUGUUUUGACAGUAGCUGGUUCCAGAGUUCCCGUUCUAACACAUCCUCCCAUCGUUCGUAUUUCGUUUGUAAACCAUUAGAGAAACUCUCGAUCGAAAAGAAUCUCUUGUCCGGCAAGAUACCWAAUUCUUGGAACAACAUGUUCCAGCUGACGUCGUUGACUCUGCAGAGCAACGACCUGUCCGGCAAUAUGCCGUGGGGACUUUGCCCCGGAUGCUACAGCAUGGAAACACUCAAGGUGGAUUGCGAUGAAAUAAAAUGCAAGUGUUGUACGGAAUGCUUUGGCGAAYCCAAAAAAGAAAAGGAACACAAAAACAAGGAAAGAGACGCCAAGGAACCGGUUCCAGCAAUGGAUGAAMCGGCGACAACAACGGGCCUCCUCCCCGUGAGCAGCAACAGCUCUGCCACAACCGGUGGCGUUCGCCGGGCCUAGAGUUUCCUUGUGCUGUUGKCGAAACAGCGGAAUGAAACCGUGAGGGAAAGGAACGCCRUAUCCUAUCUCUUUGAAAACACAUAAUAUGUUAUUGUAAUCACUAGUUUGCAUAGAUGUCUGUUAGGCGGGACUUCAAAAUAGGAUUGUUCGAAACAGGAAYCUCAUAAAUUUCGGUCUUCUGCUAGUGUUUUCAAACUCAAUAGGUAUGCUAGUAGUACGCGGAAAAGCAGGGCGUCCGUUGUUCAUUGCACACAGUGAUGCAWGACUGUCGGUCCGAUGAUCUCUCAUCGAUCAAACUAGAAUUAAAAAAUUAUGAUACACUAUUUUGCAUGUGAAGAAUUUCGUGGGAAGACUUGCAUYCUCGCCACYCMACUUUUCUAUCGAUGGSGUGMUUUUCUAAAAUUUCGCAGACUUGAAGGACKAAAAGGUUGUGGUGGAACUCUAACCGACCUCAUCGAUUUAAUCACGAUUGACGYAAACAUGGUUUCAAACGAGGGGACGUCAAGAGAAACAAUGGCCCUUGCGAUACACAGAAUCGAUUGCAAGGAUCGCUUUCGCACAGAACAUUUGCUGCAAUCACUGCAGCAUCGCACCUCUUUGCUUCCUCGUGGAAACCACAAGGAAACCUCUGAAAACUUCCAUGCAGCGCACCGUGGCGCAGUCCACCACAAGAGCUGCAGCGAGCAMUGUCCGUCACGGAAGAAGGAUCCAGGAUCGAGAAACGCUUUUGCGUGCAGAUGCACAACCGGCAAAGAUUGCCUUAUCAACGUCGGUGCGGUUCUCCAAGCGGCAUCGACACGAACCUCAAAAGCAAGGAAUCGCUAGGCCCUCGAGGACGGGAUAGAUUGACCGCUGAGCUUGGUGCGGCACUCUUGGGAAAACCACAAAACGUAGAGCGUUCGCCGCAACCGAUGAUCGGCAAAGCGGUGUCCAUGGAUGUUUGAUGUUUGGGUACCGAUCCAGUAUCGGUACGACUAAGACCUCGUACCGGUACGAGUUCUUAGUCGUGCCAAGGGUACGGUAAAAAUAAAUAUUGACACGCCUGAGGUCGUGGUUGUGAGGAGGUACCAAGGGAAAAAAUAAAUGUUGAAUACGACCAACAGCCAAAACAACGGUGAGGUCUCUUCACUCGCAUAAUUGUUGCGUUCCCAUUUCGACGAAGCAUUCAGAGGGUGGCAGAAACGCAUUCGAACACACUGAUCAUAAAAGCUGCGUUCCAUAAAUCCAUCGCUGUGCUGUACCGUAAAAAUCGAUCCAUCUCUGCGCACCAUGAAUAAUAUUCCCCCCUACCACCAUCAGCUUCUAAUAAACAGCGUCAGCGACAUGAGCAUCGACAACGAAGACGACGUAAUCAUCGGAAGCGACAGCGAGUCGGAAUGGAUGCAUGCAGUAAGAGGUGACGGAUUKGCAUUGGAAUCUGCACCAGAUGAGAUGAAGAACAACAUGCAAGUAGUGACUGCUGCAGUAACACAGAAUG